CUGUUUUAUCGCCGCGCUGCACCAAAGGUAAACAAUCCCACCGAAGGUCCAACUCAAAAGAAAAGAAGGCCAAAUUUCGACUUCCGCUACAGAGACAACAUCUAUCCCGGUAAACGUAAAUAGAAGUGAAGUGUGUAGUGAGCACAUGGACGAUAAACUCAACCCUGAACGAGGAGAAAGACCUGGUAUAGAUAAACAAAUGGACUAUGAAACCUUAAAUAACAGAAGACGCAAAAAUAGCGAAAGUGACGGCAAAGAAUGAACAACAACAAUGAAGUCAACACCCAAGUGCAGAUCAACCACCCACGAAGAAGUAUUACAUUCUGAGACACACAAAAAUCUUCCUACAGAGAACAAGAAUAAUUAAUAUAAUCUGAAUACAACGAAAAACCAUAAAAGAAAAAUCCAGGGAGUAUAGACUGUUAUAGUCUAAAACCCUAUAAAAGAAGAAAGAAAGAAAGAAAACCAAUAGAGAUAAUAUAAGAAAAAAGGAAGAAGGAAAUAGAUCUAGGGUAUAUAGGCUGUAUAAAAGUCUAAAACCUUAUAAAAGAAGAAAGAAGAGGAUAAUGUCAUACAAACACGUGGCUAUUACGGGACCUCCUGGUGUUGGAAAAACAACAUUAGUGCAGAAGAUAGUGAAGAACUUAAAAGAUGCUGGUGUACCAUGUAAUGGAUUCUAUACCCAGGAAGUUCGACAAGGAGGCAAAAGGAUCGGUUUUGAUGUGGUGACUCUAGACGGCAAGAAUGGGAUACUCUCCAGGGUCAAACCACAGGAUGGCAGUAGAAGGGAGUGCAGAGUUGGCCAGUAUGUGGUCGAUGUCCCAGCAUUUGAGUCUCUUGUUCUGCCUCUUUUGCGAACUCAGCCCUCAAGCCCUCAAGUCUUAGUAUUGGAUGAAAUAGGAAAGAUGGAAAUGUUCAGCCAAGGAUUUGUAACAGGUGUACAGAGGAUUCUUUCUCAACCUGAUUCAACAGUUCUCACAACAAUACCAAUUCCAAAAGGAAAACCAAUUCCUUUGGUAGAACAAAUAAGAAACAGCAAGAAUGUCUUCCUAGUAAAUCUUUCAAAGGCAAACAGGGAUGAUGAGAGUCUCAAGGAGGACAUUAUAAGGACGCUGAUGUCAUCAUUGGGAAAGUGAUAUUUGUAACUUUUACCAUGAAGUUAACCCUUUCCUGACGGGUGGCAUGUACAUACAUGCCAUGGCAUGCCUGGCAUGUACGUACAUGUCAUGGUGUAUGUAUGGCCAUGCCAUGAGUUUUUUUUUUUUUUUUUUUUU